AUGGACUUGACGGUUUGCCAAUCAGCUUCAAUCACUCCCAAAGUUCUAGAAAUCGACCCGACCAAGGACCUUGCCAGUACGGAAACCCCACCACCCACGGCAGUCGAAGAGGUGGCCCCUAUAGACACCUCUGAUAUAGGGAUCAGUGAAAUCGAAAAAACUCGAAAGCUGGAGAAACUGCUAGCUGAUCGACCGGACAAAACCGAGCUUAUUGAAAAAAACGUCCUCAAACCAGGCAAUUUAGAUCCUUCUUUACAGGCCAAACAAGCAGAAUUAUCGAAGAAUCAAUUGGAAGAUAAGCUUAAUGCGGCCCUUGCACAUCGACCCGAACCAGAAAAACUAGUCAAAGAAGGCAUCUUGACGGAGGAAGAGACAGCCGCGCUCAAAACGCAUUGA